UGUCACGCGCCAAAUAUACAACAAAAAUGUCGUCCAUGGGAUCGCAGUUUCUUCGCGCUAAGAUUGAAGACGACUAUUUGACAUGUGCGGUAUGUCAGAAUUCUUUUACGAAGCCAAAAGCUUUACCGUGUCUGCAUUCGUUCUGCGAGGGCUGUUUACGUGACUACGUGGAGAGUAGGGGUUAUCAAGAUGGAACGUUUCCGUGUUUGGUUUGUCGACAGGAAACGCAGAUGCCGGCGAAUGGCGUACAGGGGUUUCCCGACAACCAUAUAAUUUCUAGUUUGUCUGACACCGUAAACUCAUCUAAAACAAGACCCGUGAUUCCUCCACGACCCGCGAUUCAGAAUGCCCCAAUGCCUAAACCUAGACAGAGUCUGUCUAAGACUAAUGAUGGAACCCAGAUUACUUCAGGAACGGGGACUGCGUUUGAUUUACAAUCGAAACCGGACAGUAAAUCGAAUUCCCCUAGACUCUAUCCUGAACUUCCAGAUUCCAGCGAGUUCAACCCACCCCCUUAUCCUCCCCCUCAAAAAGUGGAAUGUGCUUCAGGUUUGCUUCUGAGAUUUGGCAAAUUUGGAGGAGGUGUGGAUCACUUGUGUAAACCAUUCGGACUGGCCACAGCCAAAACUGGCGAGAUCAUAGUUUCUGAUCAUGGAGGAAAUCGAAUUCUCAUAUACAGCAGCGGAGGACACCUGUUACAAAAGAUAGCUUGUGAUUGUAUUGUUAAUGGCCUGGCUGUUACCCAAAAGAACAACAUCUUGGUAACAGUCAAUAAAUGUAAAUCGGCAAUAAUGCGUGUGUAUUCUAUAAAUGGACGCUGUCUGGCACAAUUCGGAGAACAUUAUCGCUUUGAAAACCCAUGUGGUGUUGCUGUGAUGUCGUCGGGCUACACCACAGUCACUGGAUUAGAAAACAUGUGCAUUUACCUAUUCACAGAACAGUACAAAUUCUCUCAGAAAUUGGGAAGAAAAGGUUCCGGAGACGAACAUUUCCUGACCCCAUAUUUUGUUGCCACAGACUCCAAAGAUCACAUCAUCGUUUCUGACAGUCAAAACAACUGUAUUCAGAUGUUCAACUCGAUGGGCAAAUUCAAACGGAGAUUUGGCGUACAGGGUUCGUCUCAUGAUCAACUGUUCCAUCCACUGGGUGUUUGUGUUGAUAAGAAGGACAACAUUAUUGUAGCAGACAGUGACAAUCACAGAGUUGAGAUGUUCAACAACAAAGGCAAAUACAUUGCAUCUGUUGUCAGGUUUACAUCCAACAUCGGCCCCAGCGUGAGACCGACCAAUGUGGCCAUUACUCCAGAUAACAAGAUAGUUGUUCUUCUCAGGGGGACACAGUUUGCAGAGAUUCGCGUGUAUCAGAACCCAGAAUAAGUGAUCAUUAUUACUCAAGUUUAGAUGAGAAAUGAGGCUGGGUUAUAAAGGAACACAACACUAACCUAAAAGCUUUUCCCCCCACUUAUUAUAAUUAAUGGUACUUGGUCCCGUUUUGAUUGAUUGAUUUAUCCUUCUUUUUUUCCUCAUGCUUAUAUUUAUUUAAAGUUCAAGCACACUGUCCUGGGCACACACCUCAGCUAUCUGGGCUGUCUGUCCAGGACAGUGGGUUAGUGAUUAGUUGUUGGUGAGAGAAAAGUCGGUGUAGUGGCCUUAGACCUACCCAUUGAAGGGCCAGCUCUGACAUUCGUAUUAAUUGAUAUUUUGUUACAAAAUAACUGGGUUUCUGUAAGUUUAAUAGAUAAUUUGACAAAAUUUUCUGCUGACCCAGAGCUAGUCCUGCAUUGCGUUGAUAAACAUGCUGUGGGUAGGAGUCUGUACUGGGAUGCAAACCCAGUACCUACCACCGUAAGUCCGAUGGCCUAAUAAUUAACCACUACACUAUCUGUUAUGGUAUUUCUGUCUAAAACAUAUUUUCCAGGCAUCAAAUACGCAUAUGGCCAAAUUUAGGAAGUCUGUUUUUCUUAAACACGGGUGUUUAAGCAUUGUACAUAUAUGUGUGUAGUUACACACGUGUAAGUCCUACACAGGCUUUGUAAAUUUGGCCCACAGUAAUUGAUAACCUGUGUACAGAUUACCCUAAAUUAUGGACCAGGCCCCGUUCCACAUGGUGAUCUUAGCCCUAAGAUCAACUUAAGUGCAUAGGGUAGCUAUGCGCUUAGGGUAAUCUUGGGGCUAAGAUCGCUUCGUGGAACGAGGCCUUAAUUGAGCGUAGAUCACCUUAAAGGAGGGGACAAUCAAGGCAUUUGACCUGGUAUGCGUAUUCAACGAUAUAUAAUGCACAUUAUUGCUUAAUAUCAACAAGUAUAAUCGUAUAGUUAAUUAAUAAAACAGUUAAAUGUGA